CAAGCAAGAGAGGAUCUUAAUUUGGAACAAAACAAACAGGUGACGUAUUGUGAAAGAGGUGAGAUAUCUGGAAAUAUGCUUCGUUCUGCGUUCCGUGGAAAGCAAGCCACUGAUUCAACUAAGAAUGAAAAUCGAGGAAAAACUUCUCAUGGAAGAUCGCACUCCUUCUUUCACCGCGAUGGAGGUCACGAAGAUGCUAAAAAUACGAAUGGUGAUCAUGAAAAUUUAAAUGCACUUGUCGCAGAAACAGUUGGUUGCAGUACGCAUGGUGAAGUACUAACCACAGAUUUCAGCCACGAGUUUCUCGAAUCCACCCACAGUAGCAGCUCCGAUAAGGAAAGCCUGAAUGAAGAAGAUGGCUCGGCGAAACCUACGUUACACGAGAUUCAUGGAGGGAAGGGGAAUUGCGAUCAAAAGGUUACUCCGAAUAGAGGGGAAUUUUCAAGCUCCGAAAGAGAGAUUUACGAAACCCAGCUGGCUCAACUUCAAGAACAGCUUGUUAACACCAUGAUUGAUUAUCAGGACAUGAGUGUGCAACUGGAGAAACUAAAAGCUGUGGAUGUUCAGAAACUUCAGAAGGAAAUCCAAGAAGAAAGAGCUAAAAAUAAUGAACUAAGGGAGAAACUUAAACAGAAACAGAAAUCAUCCAGUUCAAAACUACAUAGGAAAAAUGCAAGUAGAAUAGAUCCCAGAUCAAAAAGUGGUCAUCAGGGAACUGACCCAGAAAGAGACCAAGGUGAUGACUGGGUGUAUCUAGGAGGAGAGAAUGAGUCACAUACCCUAUCACAUGUCACAAAUGGCAGUCAAGGAACUCACCCAGAAGAAAAUCAGGAAUCAUGUGAAGUGCUUGACAGCAGCCAUGCAAGAGAUCAGUUAGAGGAACAAGCAGCUGUUGAAUCUGUUGAUGGAGAUGGUCAAAAAGUGCAACGAUUUAAGACAAAACUGGAAAUGUGGAAAGCAAAAGUCAUUGACAUUUUGGGAGACAGACUGUGGGAUUUCGUUAAUGAUGAACCUGAAGACACCGAUGAGGAGGAUGGUGAGGGUGAUCCCUUGGCCAUCAAAACACUCAAGGAAAACAUCAAUAGAUUCAGUACUGGAAUUAAACCUAUAACAGGUUUUAUCAAGUCUGUUGGGAAGGUGCUCACAUGGUCAAAUCCUACAGCAUCUUUUUUGAUAUUUGUGGUAUACAUGUAUUCUGUUUGGUACGGAUAUCUUCUUUCUUUAAUCCUUUUCACCAUGAUCUGGAAGCUAUUUAUGAAUUAUCUCCAUGCCAAAGGCAUUGCCAGAAAUUUGGGAUUCACAGAUGAAUUAAAAGAAGAGGCAGGUGCAUCAGAAGAUCACAGUUGGUCAGACAAAUUUCAGCUGGUUUUGCAAGUGGCAAGGAAAGUACAAAAUACACUCGGAAAAAUGGCAAACUCUCUGGAAAAAGUAAAGAACUUAUUAACUUGGCAACAUCCUGUGGCAACAAGGAAGCUCUUCACAGUACUCAAUAUUGCAUUUGUGGCGUCUUUAGGGCUCAGGGGACCUACUUUGUUCAUGUUGUUAGGGUUGUCUUUUGGAGUAAAGCUGUUUAUAGUGAAUCCCAUAUAUCAUCGCUUUCCAAAGCUUGUUCAGAUCUUAGGGCGCUCUACGUUGGCGACUUCUUCGUCAUCGCCAAGUAGCAGUUCAUCGCACCACCAAAUAGGUCCUCAUUCAAAUCCAGUGGCCGAGAAAUUUAGAUUGCCAUCAAGUGAAAUCGUUUUGCCAGGUUGGGAAGAAGGCAAAAGAUGUGCUUUGCUUGAUAAAGACAAACCGUUCUCAAGUGUUAAACAUGGAAAAUUGUUUCUGACUCAAAGUUAUUUAUGCUUUGAGAAGACCAGAUCAUCAAGUGGAAAGCAUAUCGUUAUUAAGCUGGAUACUAUCAUCAGUUUAAGUAAAGCAAAGCCAAUAGCAAUAAUGCCUGGAACAGGAAUGGCCUUAGAAGUUAACGUUAGAGGUCUUGAUAAACCUUAUAUUUUCGGUGGAAUCAUUGGAAGAGAUGAUGUAUUUGAAAGUAUAAGAGCCACAGGAAGGACAGGAAAUUUUCCCUGGGUGUAAAUGGCGCCAUCAACACUUUGACAUGGAAUCGAGAAUAGAUAUGGCCCAGACUCUUGCAUGCGGCAGGUUCUUCUUCAUUUUCAAAAAUUAGUGGGGAAAAAUCUAUCAAUGGAGAAAUACGAAUAUAUAUACAGUGUUAAAAGGAAAUACUAAGUUAUACAUGGUGACGAUGAUAAGAUGAGCUUACAACAACUGAUGCAAAUAUUGGGAAAUAUGUAGGUAUCAUUUAGCCAUCAGAAGCACAUGGCUUUGUAUAAACUAAGGGAAAACUUUUUAUCCACAAGUCUUUCUGAAAAGUAACAUUGCUAACUAUUUUGGUAUCAGCGAUCGAAUCUUCUCUGUCAUGAAGAAGUGUUAUUGAAUUAUUGCAUACCAAAAUAUGUACAAUGGAAAAUAAAUUAUGGUUAAAUUUUUCUUGGUUCUAGCAAAAGAAUGCUCAGUUUUGUAAUGUAUCGAUAUCUCUGUUUUUAGCUAUAAUUUUAUAACGAUUAAGAUAUUUUCUGAGUUCUUAGAGGGUUUACUAGACUAUUACUGCGUACAAUGAUUAAAUAGAUGGUCAGUUUA